AUGACUAAUUUCCAAAGCGCUGGCAUCCUGCUAGUGGUCGUCGCCGCGACCUGCUAUUUCCUCCGCCGCCUCUGCCUCCCGAAACCCAUUCCCGGCAUUCCUUACCAUCCGGCGUCAGCUAAUCGUGUGCUCGGCGACGUUCCCGAUGCUCUGGCUUGGAAAGAAAAGACCGGCUCCCUCUACAAUAUCCUUCACGAACGAGCUAAAGAACUCGACAGCCCCAUCUUCCAGAUCUUUCUGCAGCCUCUUGGUCGUCCAUGGGUCGUCGUCGUCGAUCCAUAUGAGGCCCAAGCGAUCCGAACUUAUCGAAUGCAAGAUUUCGAUCGUUCUCGAUUCUUCGAGCAGAUUUUUAAAGUCAUGUUGCCGGAAUUCCAUGGCCAUAUGCCGACCAGCGAGGAAUGGAAAUCCCAUCGCAGGCUGUUGAGUGAUACGAUGAGUCCGAGGUUCUUGCAAGAUGUCGCUGCGCCGAAGAUGUGGGGUUCUGCUAUGCGAUUGAUUGAGUUGUGGAAGGUGAAGGCGAAGCUGGCAGAUGGGAGGAGUUGGAGUGCGAGUACGGACGUGUAUAAAGGGGCGUUGGACAUCGUUUGGGCAGCGACUUUCGGCGAAGAGAUGGGUUCUGCAAAGGCACAGAUUGCGCAUUUGUCCAAGUAUACCAAGUUGGACGGGAAUGAGGGUGCUGCUGUCACGUUUCCAACUGCGAAGGAUCCGGAGGACUUUACGUGUAUAUUGGAGCUUGGAGAGGGUAUGGAAGUUCCGAUCAACUCAAUGUGGCCCAAGAUGGCACACUGGGUGGCUUUGAACUUCUUACCUGCCCAACGCAAAGCACGGAGCCGAAAGGACAAGAUGAUCACGAAACAGCUCCGGGACGUCCAUGCUAAGUUUUCGAAGUUGGCAGAAGCAGGCGACCUCGAAUCGAACAAGCACUUUCGCAGCGCGCUGGAUCUUGUUGUGGCCAGAGAAGUGCAGAUUGCAAACAAAGAGGGGCGAGCAUUCGACCCUACAAGCAGAGUGCUGAACGACGAAUUGUUUGCGUUCAUGAUUGCUGGCCACGAUACUUCGUCAACCUUCAUUCUUUGGGGCCUGAAAUUCCUGACAGACAAUCAGGAAGUCCAAAGCAAGCUCCAAGCCGCUUUGUGUGGGGCUUUCCCCGAGCACGACAACGAUGGCAGUGUACCGUCCGUAGGAGACAUCAAUAGAGCUUCAUUGCCGUACCUGGAAGCCAUUAUCGAAGAGAUCGGACGUUGCGGCCACACAGCUCCUGCGACGUUCAGGCUCACGAAGAAUGACACUCAGAUCCUCGGCCACCACGUACCAAAGGGUAUAGACGUUGUCUUUCCGGUUCAAGGCACGGGCUACGUCUCUCCACUCGUUGGCAAGCUCGAGGAUGAUCAACGUGAGAAGUCCUCUCUUGCACAGAAGCAGAGGUGGGGAAUGUGGGAGACUGAGGGCAUCGAACGCUUCGAUCCUGAACGGUGGUUGAAGAAAGAUGCUGAAGGCAAGAUAUUUUGUGAUCGAGAUGCUGGCCCGGCGAAUGCGUUCGGGAGUGGCCCAAGGGCUUGUUUUGGCAAGAAAUGGGCGCUGAUGGAGAUCAAAAUCAUCUUGACGUUGGUUUUCUGGCAUUUUGAGUUGCUGCCCACUCCCCCAGAACUAGCGAGCCACAGAGCGUCGGAUGGUAUUACCCACAGACCGGUACAGAACUACCUAAGAUUGAAGGAGAUCAGGUGA